UCUGCAACUACACAAUCAAUCAUUGAUCAAAAUAUUUGUUUGUUUUGUUUACACUUUUGAUCAACAAAAAAAAAAAAAAAAAAAAUGCCCUGUACAACAUCCGCUAAUCCUUGUGUCCAUCAAAUUAAUGGACAUAAAUUUGUUGCCACUUUAUUACGGCAGCCAACAUUUUGUUCACAUUGUAAUGGAUUCAUUUUUGGUAUAGGUAAACAAGGCUAUCAAUGUCAAGAUUGUCGUAUGGUCGUACAUAAACGUUGCCAUCAAUCGGUAACAAUUAAUUGUCCAACAAAUGAUUCGAAUGAUUCGAAUGAUGUUGAUGAUCAUCAACAGCAGCCACAUCAUUUUCAGCCAAAAACAUUUUUAAAACCAACAUAUUGUAAUCAUUGUGGAUCAUUGAUUUAUGGUUGCGUUAAUCAAGGUGUACGUUGUAAUGGUUGCCAGAUGCAUAUACAUCAUCGUUGUCAGAAAAAUGUUGGCGCUAAUUGUGGUAUCGAUCAACAACAACAACAACAACGAACACCGAUGGUAGCAAAUAUUUCGGUUGCUUAAAAAAAAAAAUGCUGCUGAAUUAGAAUUCGAAUGUAAUGGAAUUUCGUUCAAAAAAAAAAAAAAAUUAGAUUAAAAUUCAGGAUUUCAAGAAAUAUUU